AUGUCGCAAGUUUUCGGUAAUACUACCCUUUCCAAUUUAAUAAGAGACACUACCUAUUCUGCAACUUUACAAAAUGUUAAAGAAUUUCAACCUCAAUUGGGUUUCAUGGAAACUCAUUGGGCUGCCUACUAUUUAUUCAUGAAUAAUGAUAAAUUGGCUACUGGGUUGAUGUUUUUUUUACUACAUGAAUUCAUGUAUUUCUUCAGAUGUUUGCCUUGGUUCAUUAUAGAUCAGAUUCCUUAUUUUAGAAGAUGGAAAAUUCAACCAACAAAAAUACCUUCUGUCAAAGAACAAUGGCAUUGCUUCAAAUCUGUUCUAUUAUCCCAUUUCUUAGUAGAAGCCAUCCCAAUCUGGACUUUCCACCCAAUGUGUGAAAAAUUAGGUAUUUCCGUACAAGUUCCAUUUCCUUCUAUCUCAAGACAAACUUUUGAAAUCUGCUUAUUCUUUGUAUUAGAAGAUAUGUGGCAUUACUGGGCUCACCGUUUAUUCCAUUACGGUGUCUUUUACAAGUACAUUCACAAACAACACCAUAGAUACGCUGCUCCAUUCGGUUUGGCCGCUGAAUAUGCUCACCCAAUGGAAACAAUGACUUUGGGUUUCGGUACCGUUGGUAUGCCAAUUCUAUAUGUCAUGUAUACUGGGAACUUACAUCUAUUCACAUUAUGUCUUUGGAUCACUUUAAGAUUAUUCCAAGCCGUUGAUGCUCAUUCAGGUUAUCAUUUCCCAUGGUCUUUGUGCAAUUUUAUGCCGUUCUGGGCAGGCGCCGAACAUCAUGACUUACAUCACCAUUUUUUUAUUGGUAACUAUGCUUCCUCUUUCAGAUGGUGGGAUUUCUGUUUGGACACUGAAGCUGGCCCAGACGCAAAAUUAUCAAGAGAAGAAAAAAUGAAGAGUGUUGCGGCUAAAAAUAUCAAAAAGAAGAAUUAG